AUGAAGCUCUCCACCGUACUCGCCAUCCUCCUCGUCCCCAUGGCAGUCCUCGCCAAGCCCCCCAAACGCACUGCUGGACGCACCGUCAGAGUCGACAGACUGCCAACCUGCAUCCAAUACUGCUUGUCAGAAACCAAAUGGCGCCUUAAAGGCGGUCUCCCAAAACUCGCCGGCGAAUGGUGUAGGAAAUCGGCGCCACCCCUUACGCCUGAAUGGGUCAAAUUUGGCAAGGCCUUGGACGCGUGUAAGAAGCACCAGUGCGAUCAUAGCCUCCAAUGGAUCGACAUGGCCGCCUGGGACUAUGAGAUGUGCCGGUUUGACGACAACAUUAGGGAGGAGAGCAUGAAGUUCUUCAAUGGCUAUCGCAGGGCGUACUGGUGGCCUAAUGAGCGUCAGCCUAUCCGACCUCCACAUUCGAGGAACUGGAUUUCGGAGGAGACUUAUGAUGAACCCGAUGAGUGGAAGGCGGAUAAUGGAAUUGGGAAGGGUGUGCCGGAAGACGAGGAUCCUAUCUUCGGCGAACCCACUCCCAAAAAGCCCAAACCUUUCUGA